AUGGCGGCAAGUACAAGUCAGAAACCGCGAUGCAAGAGUCUCGUCCUCGAUGCCGGACCUUUACUUUCGUUAUCCCCUCUUCGCGGCGUUGCGGAAACGUACUUCACGACGCCUCAGGUUCUUGCUGAGUUGAAAGAUCCUCGGGCGAGGGAACAUUUCCAACGCUUGGGAUUGAGCGCGGGAGUCAAGGUUGAAGUGAGACAGCCUGAUGCUACGAGUAUGACUCAAGUCAUUCAGUGGGCUAAGAAGACGGGAGACUACUCAGUUCUGUCACAUACCGAUCUUGGUGUAAUAGCCUUGACCCAUAGCCUGGCUGAGAAGGAAAAAUCUCUGGCUGCGAACGCACAAAGGCAGGAUGAAGGCGCCAUAGACGUCUCAGAACAACUCCAGGAUCUCUCUAUCGAUGACUCUGAGACCAAUGCGUCGCAAUCCGACCAACCUGAACAUGCUGGGGGUAAUGACGACGUUCCAGCCCAGGAAGACCUUGAACCACUGGACGUCGAAUUGCAGCCCGUUGAAAGUGAAGCAUUGGGGGAUAAGAUACCUCCGAUCACCUCGACAGACGAUGCCAACGAACCAAUAUUCGAUGACCCAUCCGAUUCGGACGACGGCGAAGGAGAGUGGAUCACACCCGUGAAUGUUGCACUGCACAAGUCCAGAGCUCUCCACCUUCUCCCCGACGAAGACAAGAAGACAGGAAAAGGGCGCAAACAAGAGGAGACGGUCGCUGUUGGAUGCAUGACUGCAGAUUUCGCGAUGCAAAAUGUGAUCCUCCAGAUGGGUCUCAGUCUGGUCGGUGUAGAGGGAAAGCGCAUCCAACGGGUGAAGAACUGGGUGCUGCGAUGCCAUGCGUGUUUCAAGAUCUGCAAAGACUCGUCACGGCAGUUUUGCCCGUCCUGCGGGAAUCCGACCUUGCUACGUGCUUCCGUCACUAUCGCGGCACCCAACGCGGCUUCUGAUGCGCCGGUAAUGCAAGUCCAUCUCAAAUCCAACUUUCAGUACAAAAUACGCGGUACGAAGUUCUCGAUACCGGCUCCAAAACCUGGAUCAGCAAAGAAAGGCACUGGUGAAGGCUUGAUACUUCGCGAAGAUCAGACUGAAUACGUUAGGGCCAAGCAGCGGGCAGAUAACAAGAGGGAACGAGAGAACAGGAAGUUGACAAAGGGAAUAUUCGACAAGGGCAAUGGAGCUGGCGUCGCCGCGGUCGGAAGUUGGAUGGAUCCAGACUGGGUACCAGAGAUCUUGAGCGUAGGAACUGGCGGGAAGGGGAGAUCGAUAAAGGGCAGCAAUGACAUGCCGACAAUAGGUUAUGGUAAGAAGAAUCCUAACCAAGUGCGAAAAAAGUAG